AUGCAUCAACAUCCCCGAUCAUCGACGGCGCCGUCUCCGGUGCCUAACUUUCCACCCAGACCGACAGCUGGGGACGACCGCAGAGAACAGGAAGCUACCCCGAGCUCCCCAACCGUCGACACGGGGUCGAAUUCUGCCAGGGGGUUAGGGAUAGAGCCGGGACCUCAGCCGUCCGAGCAGGGGAGGAAUGCGGUACUGGGCAAGGAGGCCCUGACCCGGUUGAAUCAGAUAAUAUCGAACUAUCACACAAAAGCCGCUUUGAUUAUCCUACAUUCACGAGUUGCACUACCUGCCUCCUAUAACAAGGGCUCUGAGUCCCCUAGAGUCAACCGCUGGUUCAACGUUGAAUUGGAUGAUACAGAUAUCCUUCGGGAACCCCUGCGACCUUGGAGAACAUGCGAUGCAACGGACAAUCGACCCCCACCCCUCGUCAUCGAAACAUACCUAGACACAAAAUCUCUCACAAAUAAUCAAAGUCUGGUGAUUCUCGAUGAGAAUGGGAAACGUUGGGACGUGCGCGAGUCGCUCGCGGCGCUUGAGGGCGCCCGUGCAAAGCCAUACCAAUCAGAAAACGACGAGAUUAUCUUGGAGCGGUGGAGAAUCGAGCUGGGAGGGUCCUCAAGCAGACCCCCGACAGAUUUGGGCUCUAUCUUGCCGACUGUGUAUAAGAAAAGCAUCGUGCUGUUCCGAUCCUUAUUUACCUACUCCAAGUUCUUGCCUGCAUGGAGAUUCUCGAAACGCAACAAGAAGUUGCGGCAGAGUCCAGCUCUCCAGAUCAAGUACCGUGUGCUAGAUGGGAGCGCUGCCCGUGAUGGCCUCUCACUGGAUCAUUUGACAGCUCCGUUGAGUGAGGGAAGCGAAAAAGUGGUGGACACCUACAGCUUUGGGGUUACGGAAUCGCCCGCAGGUCCCUUUUCAGUUCAAGUUACGUAUCGGACGAACUGCGAUUUCCGCGUUGAUGACUCGGAGGCGCUGCUGAGCUCGAGGUUUAUGGGUGCUGACGACGAGAUCUUUCGUCCAUCGUUGCCUUCAGAUGAUGUCAACCGCCCAAAUCCUGAAGUCGGUUCUGUGCCAGUGGAGAGAAGGACCGUUGAGAAUCCAGAUUGCACACGUGCAUAUGGCAGUCUCUCGACCUUCCAUCAGGUUGGCCCAACAACAGGUGCAAGCCCUAUAUCAGCACUUCGUGCAAUGAGAGAUUCGGGCGCGGGAUCCCCUUCCCCAACAGAGUCACCCAAGAGACUCCUCCCUCCUGCCAAAGUCCAUCCUUCAGGACGUGCUGCGCAGAUUGCUGGUGAAGGUGGAGGCACAAGUUUCUCGCGCCGUCCCUCCAUUUCAUUCCAACCCUUCAAAGCUCCCCCUCUUUCCGCUUCCCCGGCUGUAGCAGACUCUCCGUUAGGAGUCUCUCCCCCGCAACAUGUCUUCACGCAUCCCCACAGGAACAUCUGCCGAUUCCCGCGUCAUGCCGCCCCCUUCUUCUGCCGCUUCAGCGCGCAGACCCGGGCAAACAGACUGGAAGAUGACAACUCCAGCGGUCGAGCGAGUGCGACAUCAUCCAAUGCACAACCCGGGUCCGGCCUACUCACGGAAGCUACAGGCACGAGUGCAGAGUCCAUUCAGGCCGAUGACGAGAAUAUCUCCGAUUUUUUGAAGAUGCUCGAUUCGAAGAAGGAUCUAAUGAAUAUGUCCUCUUCUGAAUCUAUUCAGCCUGGCCCUAGGCAGCCGAACCCCACCGCAGCAGCUCUUGCUCGCUUCCGCGCGGUCUUCCAUUUCUUCGAGCAAGCAACUGUCAGGAGUCCCACCGAUGGUUGCGGGCACCUCCAUCUCCACAGCUUCUUCUCCAGGGAAACCUAUAUCCCCCCCCACACCCCCACACCCCCCCAUACUCCUGCUAUCCGCUCCCGUCUGAGCUCAAACAGCGUUGCUGAUGACAUUGAAACCGACCACCGUGCAAGAAUCCCUCGCAUACACCAUGACUCGACGCUAGAAGAACAUCCCGGUACAGAAAACCCGCGAGGGCCUUCCUCUACCGCAGGUGCUAUUGACAUCCCAACAUCGCCGCGGAUUUUCGACCCUGCUUAUCGUCGCUCGAGCUCUGCAGCCGUGCGCCGGCCGAUCGUUACAAGCGAAGAUGAUGAAAUCUUCCCAUUUGGCAUGCGCAGCCUUAGUCUGGGUGCCGAUGAGCCCCCAAAUGUCACUCUAGGUGUCGCCCAACAACAGAAUGAGUCCCAAAAAGCCCAGCAAUCCCCGGCCGAGGACCAAAGCGGCCCAUCCAGCUCUACAGCGGGACCGUACCGGGAGAGUGCAUCCCCACGCGGGCAGAUGCCUGGACCAACUAGCGCCUCAGCCUCCUCCAACCCCCAUGUCUACCAGCCACGGUUCGCCAGCACCCGCGGCCGGGGCUACUCGGGCGGACAUUCCCUCAACUCGGCAUCCAGCAGCUUUGCCCGGGGCGCCAACCUCGCCCCGCACCUGACUGAGCGCGACCAAGACCGCGAUGGCAACGCUAGUGGAAGUAAUAGUGGCAACUCUACGCUAGAGAUCCGACGCGGUUCUGCACAGCGGCCAGGCACAGGUCGGACGCUGUCCGGACAAGCGCCCGAGGACGAUGAGCCGCUGCUCUUUGCUAUGAGCGACUUCGGCGCCUCGCGGCGUAGCCUGGAUGAAGGUAGGCAUGGCAAUCACGGUGGGGCUGAAUCGGCUGCUGGAUCCCGACGUGGCAGCGGAAGACGGGGAGCAGGGCUCCCGGGUUUCCAUGUUUGGUCGUAA